GUGCUCCUUGUGCUACCCCCGCUCGGCGUGGUCCGAUCCGCUCGGUUCGCUAUGCGGGUGUCAACGCUGCUGCUUUCGUGCUGGUGCGCGGCAGUGUGUUCCACCCAGGACAUCCCAAAUCGACUGAUCUGCUACUACACCAGCUGGGGACAGUACCGAGCAUCCAUUGCUAAGUUCACACCAAAAAACAUCCCCCCACACCUCUGCACUCAUCUGCACUACGCGACGGUCAACACCAACGAUGAACAGAAACUGGGGCCGGCCGAUCAGCGCUCCGACAUCACCCUACAGGGAUAUAAGCAUAUGAUCUCCCUGAAGGCAGCCAAUCCGGCUCUGAAGCUGAUGAUGAUGAUAGGCGGAUCUAAUGAUUUGCAGCAAAACGCCUUUGCAGAGUUGGCUAGCGAUGAAGCCAAAAUCAAGCGCUUUGUGAAGGAGUCGAUAAAGUACAUCAGAAUGCAUAGAUUUGAUGGCAUUGACAUCGACUGGAAGGUGCAAGGAAAAAAAGAACACCACGCCAGGCUCAUGGAAGCUCUGGCUGCUGGCUUCACGGGCGAAGCCAAAGAAUCAGGCCAGGACAAGCUACUUUUGGCAACCACAUUACCGGCCAUCAGCGACCAGAUACAAAACAACUUUGACGUUGGUCGCGUUUCCAAGGCUGUCGACUACAUGACCGCGCUGCUGUACACCUAUCAUGCGGGUUCGGAAAAUCUUACGGCGCACCACGCUCCACUAUACGCCGCUGACCCCGACACUUCGUACUAUGCAGACUUUGCCAUUCAGGUAUUGAAAGAGGCCGGCGCCGACCCAGCUCGGUUGGUAAUGGCCGUACCCACUUUUGGGAUCACAUUUACUCUCGCUGAUGCCGAGUCUCAGGGGUUCGGAGCACCAGCGAAGGAUAAAGGACACGCUGGCAAGCUUACCAAGGAUCGGGGCUCUCUGUCCUUUACCGAAAUUUGCGAACACGUCAGCAUGGACGGCUGGCAGGCGUUCCGUCCGCAACCGGACGCAGUCGGCCCAUACGCCGUCAAAGGCGAUCAGUGGGUGGCCUACGACGACGAGGUCAUGAUGCAAAGAAAGGGCGCCUACAUACGCGAGCAGGGUUUGGGCGGGGCGGCCGUGUGGGCGCUGGCCCAGGACGAUUUCCGUGGAGUGUGCACCGGACGGCCGUAUCCUCUUAUUGAAGCCUUGAAAGAGGGUCUGCUUGGCGGUGACAUGGCGCCGCCGACCACGCCCAGCCCGCCCCCCACGCCCGGCUACGACAACAUCACGGUGUUCGCGUGCCCAAAGAAUGGCAGGUUCGCAAAGAUGGACAACUGCACCGAGUUUUACGUCUGUAACAAAGGUCUGUCUCAAGUGCGCUCGUGCACACACGGUCAGAAGUAUGAUUCGCAACGAGAUGAAUGCACCGAGAACGUUACGUGCGUCGAACAGCCUUUCACUGGAAUCACCAGCUUUGCUCCAACACCAUCUCCUUUCACGCCGGGGCAAGCGAUACCUGGCGACGAGAUGCCGAAGAUGGCCAAACCUAGCGUUGCGGUGUUCCCUGCACCGUUAGAGGUGCCACGAACUACGCGUCCGCCUGAGGCGCCGUCUACUCCACAAGACUCGUUGGUGGUUUCUUCCGCAGCAACCGCAUUGCCCAUAGCGGAAACGAUAGUCGACAAGGACGUCACGGACAUCGAAGAGCUGCAGCAGCCGCCGGCGCUGGUCCAGAUGCCACCGAUGGCCAAGCCUAACAUUGCGGCGUUUCCUGCACCGUUAGUGGUACCACGAGUCAUGCGUCCUCCCGCGGCGACACCAGCUACACAGGACUCGGUGGUGGUGUCUUCCGCAGCAACUCCUUCGCCCACUACGGAAACGAUGGUUGACAAGGACAUCGCGGACAUCGCAGAGCUGCAGCAGCUGCUGGCGCUGGUCCAGAGACUGGGCGGCGUGAGCAGCUUGCAAAAGCUGCUAGCGGCCAUGGACGGUCCGAAGCGCAGCGCUGCGCAGCCUUCCCAGACAACUGUCACGGAGACCGGCAGCGACCCGCGGGUCAAGGUGCACGUGAUUGUAGAGGUCAAGUCAUUGUGAUUGCCUGAAUUGCAUGCCAACAUGCAGACGGCAUUUGGAAUUGAUCAGGGAUGGUUUGUUGUUUGCACUUGCAAUAUAUCUGUCUGCAAGCAGCAACGUUCUCUCAGACGUUGUCAGGCCUGAAACUGUUGCUGGAAAUGAUAAGUGUUAUAGCACUGAUACUGCUCGAACGCGAAUGUGCUGGUAACGUGUUAUAACUAGGCGCUGAAGAUUUUCCAAGAAUGAUUCCAUUUUCAUGCUGAAUACAUUGGAUUUUGACUAAGAGGAGCGCCGAGCAUGAACGUUUUGGAAGAAAUGCGAUUCCCGUGGUAUCUUCAGAAUACCGGAGCACCGAAUA